AUGGCUAUUGCUCCAAUUAAGUUUGCCUUUACCAGCGCAGUUUAUAUUAUCCUUUUUACAAACCCAUCUUUUGCUCUAUUCAAUUGUCCUACCCAAGAAUCCCAAUCUCUUCUUUCCUUCAAAACAGCCUUGAACGUCUCUGAUGGCAAUCUUAGUUCAUGGGUUAAUGGAAGUGACUGUUGCUCCAAAUGGGAUGGCAUAUCAUGCGAUAAUCUCACCAACCAUGUAGAGCGGGUGAAUUUGAGUGCUUACACCAACCACGAAGGGCAGGGCGUGCAGAGUCGAGUCGUAUCUGCUACUUUGUGCAAGCUUCCUUUCCUCAAAUACCUCAACUUGAGGAGCAUAGGUCUAACUGGUAAUAUUCCUUCCUGUUUGGGAAACCUCUCUCAUGUUCAAUAUCUGAAUUUUAAAAACAACAGUUUGAGUGGGAUAGUUCCCCCUGUGAUUUGUCAAUUGACCAAUCUUAGCUAUAUAGAUAUUAGCUAUAACCAACUAACUGGAGUAUUGCCACCAUGUCUACAAAAUCUCCCUUUUCUUAAGUUCUUAGGUCUUUCCAUCAAUAAAUUCCAUGGAAACCUUCAGCUUAGUGAGCUUUCCUCCCUUGAGCAGCUUUAUGCUCGUAAUUUUUCAUUCCAUGAUUACAUUAGUUCUUCGCAGCUGGCAUUACCAUCGUCUAUUAGGAUUCUCUGGCUCUCCUCAAUUACCAUUUCAGAUACUCUGUUUCAUAAUCUUGCAGAAUUAAAAUAUUUAUUUCUAUCGUAUUGUGUACUAAAUACUAGGACAACUUGGAUUCCCCUGUUCCAGUUACAAGGCUUAGAUAUAAGCUCAUGUAGAAUUGGUGGUCGAAUUCCUGAGUGGCUUUCCACUCAAUAUUCAUUCCAGACUUUGACAUUGGGUUACGACAAUAUGUUUGGAGAAAUUCCCUCCUGGUUAUGGGAGAACAAUGCUGAGUUGUAUAUGUUAAACCUCUCAGGAAAUCAUUUGCAUGGCAGCCUUAUUAUCCCAAAUGGCUCAGUUCAUUGGAUGACAGUGUUUGAUGUGUCCAGAAAUGCAUUGACUGGAUACGUGCCAUCUUUGUGGCCUCCAUAUUUACAGCUAUUGAUGGUUAAUGACAAUGCUCUAGUUGGCACCAUUCCUCCAAGUUUGUGCAAUUUGGAUCACCUUGUAAAGUUAGAUCUGGCAAACAACAAAUUGAAUGGCAAUAUUCCUCCAUGCUUUUCAAACUAUAAGGCAAUUCAAGUGUUGAAUUUAGGGAGUAAUAGUCUCGAGGGAAGCAUACCCCAUGGGCUAUGCUGCUCCUCUUUGAUUGUAAGAAAUAAUAAGUUAAGUGGAGAGUUCCCUCCGUCAAUCACUGAUUGCAAGAGAUUACAAGUACUAGAUAUUGGGCAUAACAGAUUUGCUGGGGAAAUUCCAUGGUCAGUGGGAAAUCUAUCAGCCCUUCAAGUGUUCAUGAUGAAGAGUAAUCAUUUCAGAGGUAGAAUUCCUUCAGAAAUUGUCAAACUCAAGCAACUCCAGAUCUUAGACCUGUCAUCUAACAAUAUAUCAGGUUUUAUUCCACGUAACAUUUCAUCUCUACAAGCAAUGGUAAUACCAAGAGAAGACGGCCACAUGUUAUCUACUCUGUUGAACCCCUUUCAAAUAUUUGUAAGAGAGAAAGGCCUUAAUACAUAUUUUAAACUUGGCCCUUUUGAUACAUAUGUAAUUCGAGUUCCGUCUCAUGUUGAAUUGGACAUGACCGUGAAAGGCUUAGAGCGGCACUACUCAUAUAUUCUUUCCACGACAACAUACAUAGAUCUCUCAAGCAAUCAAUUAAAAGGAGAAUUUCCGGUGGAUUUUGGAAAGUUAAAAGGGUUGAGGUUUCUCAAUCUAUCAAUGAACAACCUCAGUGGAGUUAUUCCACACAGUUUGGGGGAAAUGAGUGAGUUAGAAUCAUUGGACCUUUCUUCAAACAGAUUUUAUGGAAGUAUUCCUGCGGAGAUUCAAGCUCUAACUUCAUUGGAAUGUCUAGAUUUGUCCAACAACAACCUCUCAGGCAACAUACCCCAAGGAGGACAGAUGAUCACAUUUGACAACACGUCAUAUUCUGGAAAUCCAUAUUUGGAAGGAUGCCCACUUCCAAAGAAAUGUUCUUGGCCACAAUUUUCUCCUCCCCUUCGCUCUACAAAUGAAAUGCAAGAUAGAAAUGAAGGUUUUAGAAAGAAAAUAUCAUGGUAUGUGAUUGGACUAGGAUUUUCAUAUGUAUCUGGUUUUUGCUGUGUAAUGCUAUUGCUUGCAGUGAGAAAGGCGUGGAGAGAGAAAUACUUCAAUAGGGUUGAUAAGAUUUUGAAGUUUUCGUUUCCAUCCAUACGAAAUAAGAGAUUGUGA